AUGCUUUCUUACUCUCAGCUCUUCUCUUCUGUCCUCGCCCUCGCAGGCUCUGCGCUGGCUCUUACACCUCUCGAGGUUAAGGGAAAGGACUUCGUCAACUCCGACAACGGUGAUCGCUUCCAGAUCAUUGGUGUCGACUACCAGCCCGGUGGUUCCUCUGGCUUCACUGCGAAGCUCGACCCUCUGAGCGAUGGCAAGGUCUGUAUGCGCGAUGCCGCGCUCAUGCAGCGCCUGGGUAUCAACACUAUCCGUGUCUACAACCUCGAGCCCAGCCUGAACCACGAUGAGUGCGCUUCCAUCUUCAACGCCGCCGGUAUCUACAUGAUUCUCGAUGUCAGCAACCCUCUGCAGGGUGGUUAUCUCGACCGCAGCGCUCCCUGGACCACCUACAGCGCUAUCUACUACAAGCAGGUCUUCGGUAUCAUCGAGGGCUUCAAGAACUACGACAACCUUCUCGGUUUCUUCGCCGGAAACGAGGUUAUCAACGAGGAUGCUACCUACACUGCUCCCAAGUACAUGCGCGCUGUUGUUCGUGACAUGAAGGACUACAUCGCCAAGAACUCUGACCGCGCCAUUCCCGUUGGUUACUCCGCUGCCGACAUCCGUGAUAUUCUCAUGGACACCGUUCACUACUUCGAGUGUGACCUCAAGAACUCGACCUCUUCCCGUGCUGACUUCUUCGGUCUCAACUCUUACUCCUGGUGCGGCAAGUCUUCUUACAAAGCCAGUGGCUACGACGUUCUCACCGAUGAUUUCUCCAACGCCACCAUCCCCGUCUUCUUCUCCGAGUACGGCUGCAACGAAGUCAAGCCCCGUGUCUUCACCGAGGUCCAGGCCCUCUACGGUGAGGAGAUGACCCAGGCCUUCUCCGGUGGUCUUGUCUACGAGUGGACCCAGGAGGAUAACGAGUACGGUCUGGUCAGCGUCAACGACAGCGACACCAUCACCAUGCUCAUCGACUACGCCAACUUCCAGGACCAGCUCGGCCAGCUCGACAUGGACCGCAUCACCUCCAGCAACUCUAGCCAGACUAGUGUCAAGGCCGAGGAGUGCAGUGCUGAUCUCGUCACCCACAAGUCCUUCUACAACGCCUGGGAUCUCCCCGAGGUGCCCUCCAAGGUCUCUGACUACAUCAAGAACGGUCUCCCCGAUGCUCCCGUCGGUAAGCUGGUCUCUGUCUCCAGCACCACCAUUCCCCAGAAGGUCUACGACCACAACGGCAAGGAAGUCACCGGUGUCAAGUUCGAGGUGAAGUCCGGUGCCAACACUCCCUCUUCUACCUCCGGCUCCAGCAGCUCUUCCGGCUCCAGCGCUUCCGGUACCUCGACCUCCACCAACGCCGCCUCUAUCAACGGCGGCUCCCCCUCGGUCGUCUUCGGUGGCAUGGGUGGCAUCUUCAUGCUCCUUGCUUCCCUUCUGUAA